AACUGCCUACCGGAUGUGACGUAGCAGCGAGUCCGCGAUGCUGCGGCCCUGCUGCAGCUGAGGGCGAUGGACGGUGACUGAGGUGCAGAAGCAGUAACUAAUUACAACAUCUGCAGUCUUCGCAUCCUUCUCCCUGGUGAAUACAAAUGAGAAGGGUUCAUUUAGGAAAUGGCACCUGAUUUCAAGUAUUUUCUAUAACUCAAUAAGUGAAAGGGUUUGGAACUCUGCCUGAUAGGAUGGUGAUGACCAAAGACUUCACCAUAUUUAAAUAGUAUUGAGUAACAGGCAAGUGCAGAGGAGAUUCUGGCUGAACUGACAGAAGCAAACACAACUCGGCAUAACGUGACCGUUGUUUAACAAAUACUCACCAAAUGCCCCAAAACAACAUUGGCAUGGAGCAGGCUGCUCAGGUAACACAUCAAGGCUCCCCACACAAAACUGGCGUUUUUGAGAAAGAUGGUGAAUUUACCAUGGAGCGGAAAAAGAAGAGAAAAAAGGAGCCAAGGCCAGAGUCAAUUAUAAUCUACCGCACUGGAAGUGAGAAGGUUGAAGAAGAUCAGCAAGAUCCAGAUUCUACAGUCAAGAGCACUGAAGAAAGGACAAACUUUCUGUGUCCUCCAGAUGUAGAAGGUAACUGGAACUUGCCUGCUGACAGCAGAUAUGUGACCCUAACUGGCACAAUUACUCGGGGAAAGAAGAAAGGACAGAUGGUGGAUAUUCACGUGACACUGACAGAGAAGGAGCUCCAGGAACUAGCCAAGUCCAAGGAGACCCCACAGCAGCAGGAAGACAGGAAGAAACAACCAUGUCAGAUUGGACUUUACUCUGGUCCUCAUGUUGUCUUCUGGAGUCUGCUAUGCACUCCAGUGGUCUUUCUGUUGUCUUUCGUCGUCUCUUUUUACUACGGAACCAUCACCUGGUAUAACAUUUUCUUGGUUUACAAUGAAGAACGUACCUUCUGGCAUAAAAUUACAGUUUGCCCCUUUCUAAUUGUUUUUUAUCCAGUCCUGAUUGUGGCAAUUUCAUUGUCCAUCAGUAUAUACACAGCUGUAACACAGAUUUCCUGGUCAUUUGCUGAGUGGUGGCUAUCAGUAAGGGACCUGGAGAAAGGUUUCUGUGGCUGGCUCUCUGGAAAACUUGGACUGGAGGAUUGCUCCCCAUAUAGCAUUGUGGAGCUAUUGGAGUCGGACAAUGUGUCAGGUAGCCUAUCGGGGAAACCAGUACCAGCAGAACAAACCUCUGCUGUGUAACCAGGAAGAAGCUGCCCAAGAUUAUGAGAGGAAACAAAAAGUGAAUGCUGUAUAAUCUCUUCAUUUCUGAUUUUCCUUGAGGUUAUCUUUAGAAUACAUGCAUGUGACUAAUACUUGUUUUAAAAUUUGAUCUAUUUAUACAUAUAGAAGAUUCAUCCUGACGAAUCACAGUGAGCCCGGUACCUGUAUGUAAUUUCCCUCUAAUAAGAUCAAUGAAACAACCUGAUUUCCCCCAUUCACAACUGCACCUUUCUGACAAGUAGCUCCUUCACUACGUCAGGAAGAUAAAAUGAUGGUUCGAGUCAGAUUGAAAAUACCAGGCAUUGAACACUAUUUAUUUAUUUAUUUUAACACUGAUAACCUGUAUGAUAAGCUGAGUGCUUACCUUUUUUCUUAAUAUAGUUUAGGGUAUUUUUUGUACUCACUGACACUUAAAGUAAAAUAUAAAUGAGCAAUGUUUACUGUAUAAUUGAUAAAACCUUCACUCGAUGUUGCAUUAAAGAUGUACAUCUGUGUUUUUGGUACAUACUCUGAAGGAGACUGAGCACCUGUAGCACCAUCAUUUUAUUUUGUGUUGAGCUGCAUAUAUCAGCAGAAUGAAAAUGUAUGUGUCUAGUACUGUAAUAGAUUUUGUAUGAUUUUUCCAAAUGUAAAAGGUAAGGAAUUGCCAUACCAUUCAUAUGCAGCCUCAAAGCCUUGAACAUUCAAACUUUGGCUCUAGGCAUUUUGGAUCAUUUUUAUACAUUAAAAGCAUUAUAUACUGUAUGUAUUAACUUUAAUUCUAUUCAUGUUAUUGCAUAAUCAUGGAGCAAAGAUAACAGAAAGUACAUAGAAAAACUCAUCCAUGCACUGAAAACUUGAUUUGGAUUUAAUUUGGUAAUAUAUCAGAGAAAUUAAAGUCUAGCAUUGUUACC